GCCUGUGUCACAGCCAGCCAGUCAAACUGUAGCAUGCUCGCUUCCUGAAUCAUCACUUGGUCCGUCUUCUGUGACUCGCGUACGACAGUCACGACCAACCCUCUACUCUGCCUCUCUCUCUAUCCCAAUUGGUUGAAGACCGAAAAGGUUUUUAGCGGCAACAAGAGGCUUCUCUUUUUCAGCAGCCAACUACUGGUUUAUGGUUUCAGACCCGUUUGCGGCACCUCAGACAAUGCCGUUCGCUAAUGCUCUAUUGACUACUCAGAUAGCCCCCGUAUCUUCAUAACUGCACAGACAGUAAUUACCAAUGAGGCGUAAUUCAUCUAAUCAUUCUCAAUCUCCCAUUAGAAGUCGUGGUUCUCCACAUAGGACGAGCCCAUAUCAAAGAGAAAGAUCACCAGCACGACACAGGAGCUCCCGUAGGGAUAGCUCUCCAGCAAGAGAGAAACGCUCAAGUUACGCCAGAUCUCCAAGGCAUGAGAUGUCUCAUUCUCCUCCAUCACAGCAUAGGAGAUCCCAGAGGGAUAGCUCCGCACCGGCAAGAGAGAAAAAUUCUAGUCGUGAAAGGUCUUGCUCUCCGUCUCUGAGAACAAAGCGGUUAAGGAGGGAACAAGCUGAGAGAGAGACUGAGACUGUAGUGGAGAGGGACCUUGAAAGGAAUCAUGAAAAGGGAGAUGGUACACAUAGGGAAAAAGAGACGGAAAAUUUUUCUAUAAGAGAACAUGAAAAAAGUCAUGGCAGGAUAAGUGAUAAAGGUGAUCGUAGAGAAAGAGAGACUGAGAAAAUGACUGAGAGAAAGCGUGAAAGGAAUCCUGGGAUGGUUAGUGACCAGAAUACUCAUAGAGAGAGAGGUGAAGAUAGGGAAAGUGGAGCUGAGAGAAAGGAGAGAAGGUCAGGAAGAGAUGAAAUUGAUGGAAAGUCUUCUAGAGCCAGGAAUGGGAGAUCAACUUCUCCAUCAGAUGACCAUCAUAGGAGCAAACAUAGAUCUUUAUCACCACCUCAACAAGAUGUCCAUAGGAGACAACGUGACAAGGUGACCAACUCUAGAGGAACAGAACGAUGGAAUGACGAUGAUGAUUCUGUGGCAAAGAUGAAGGCUGCUGAGGAGGCCUUGGAAUCAAAGCAAAAGCAACAACCUUCAUUUGAGCUAUCUGGAAAACUUGCUGCUGAAACCAACAGAGUUAGAGGUGUUACACUACUGUUCAAUGAGCCCCCAGAUGCUCGCAAACCUGAUAUAAGAUGGCGACUCUAUGUCUUUAAGAAUGGUGAUGUGCUGAAUGAGCCCCUCUAUAUACAUCGUCAGACCUGUUACCUUUUUGGGAGAGAAAGAAGGGUUGCAGAUAUUCCUACAGACCACCCAUCCUGUAGCAAGCAACAUGCAGUCAUUCAAUUCCGUCAAGUAGAAAAGGAGCAGCAUGAUGGUAACUUAUCUAAGCAAGUAAGGCCUUAUUUAAUGGAUCUUGGAAGCACAAACAAAACUUUCAUCAAUGAUAAUCCCAUUGAACCUCAACGUUAUUAUGAGCUUUUUGAAAAAGACACAAUUAAAUUUGGUAACAGUAGGUGAUUGGCAUUGAUUUUCCAUGGUCUGCAAAAUAAUAAAGAAUACAUUGUGCUUAUAUGAAAGUUGAGUCCUAAAUCUUCUUCCUCAAAAGCUUAUAUUCUUUUUUUAUCGAAGAAAAAAAAAAGAUUAUAUUCUCUUUGAAACAGCUGUAUAUUCGUAAUACCCAUAGAUGUUUGUCUGUAUCUCAGGCAUAACUCUUCUAUCUUCGGGUGGUGCUGUGUUGGUUUAGAACAUGUACUUUGACCCCAAAUGUUUUGAUUAUAAGGUGGUCAUAAAGUCAAACAGUUAAAUGUUGCUGAAUUUGCAUUGUCUGCUAACAUGCAUUAUGAAUGAAAGUAUGAAACAUGUUAGUUUAGAACUAACCCAUACACAAGCAUAUUAUGAUGAUAGUUUAGAACUAUCGUAAAAAGACUAGGUUCUGCAGUUCUGCAGUUCUG